AGAGUUUGCUCUCCUUGCUUUUCCGCUGCUUUCACACAUCUCCUCAUUUGCGGGGAAAAGAAGAAAGCAUUGAGAUCAGCACGUGUGGACUUCAUUCCUCUUUGAGUCAGCUGUUUAAAAUCUCAGUGACCCCUCGAGAUCGGAGAGAUCCUUAAUGACUUCUGGCUCCUCACAAACCUGCGGCCUAUAGUUCUUGCUCUUGACUUCCUCCCAUCUUACUCUUACCCAGACUGGAUUUAGGGAGCGAGGGGGCAGUAGUCGGGUGCCAGGAGGCACCCGGCCCUUGCGCGUGGGCCGGUGUAGCGCUGGAGUGGGUGCAGGGGAACUGGAGUGCAGGGCCGGGUGGGAGCGCUGGUCCUGGCGGCGGCCCCGAGGGCGAGGAGGCCGGCUCGGGCUCCGGGUUCGGGUCGGGGUAUGGUGGCCAGGAGUGGGCCGAGGGUGGAGCGAUGCUGAGUGCGAUCUGGGAGACAGAGGGGCUGCAGACGGUGGGCAUCGUGGUGCUGGUGUUCGCUUCGAUCAAGCUGCUGCACCUACUGGGGCUCAUCAGCUUUUCAGAGGACAGCGUUGAAGAUGAGCUCGAACUAUCUGCAGUCCGCCAUCGCCCCGAGGGCCUGGAACAACUCGAAGCCCAGACACGUUUCUCCCGCAAGGAGCUACAGAUCCUUUACCGCGGCUUCAAGAAUGAAUGCCCCAGUGGAGUCGUCAACGAAGACACUUUUAAAGACAUCUACGCGCAGUUCUUCCCGCAAGGAGAUGCUUCAACAUAUGCACACUUCCUGUUCAAUGCAUUUGACACAGAUCACAAUGGCUCUGUGAGUUUUGAGGAUUUUGUUAUGGGCCUUUCUAUCCUUCUGCGAGGCACAAUCCAGGAAAAACUCAACUGGGCUUUCAACCUGUAUGAUAUCAAUAAAGAUGGCUAUAUCACGAAAGAGGAAAUGCUAGACAUCAUGAAGGCCAUCUACGACAUGAUGGGCAAAUGCACAUACCCUGUCCUCAAAGAGGAGACGCCGCGUCAGCAUGUAGAAGUAUUCUUUCAGAAGAUGGAUAAGAAUAAAGAUGGGGUGGUAACCAUAGACGAGUUCAUCGACUGCUGCCAAAAUGAUGAAAACAUCAUGCGAUCAAUGCACCUCUUUGAAAAUGUUCUUUAACUCUUGGCUGACUGUGGAGGCUUUGGAAGAGAACAUCAUCUUUAGCUUGGCCCACUAACUGACUUGGACUCAUACCGUGUACAGAGUGCUAUGCAGACUUUUGACCGUAGAUAAAAUAUUGUUCAUUACCGCGGGCCACAAGUAGGAGUAGGCAAUACGGUGUGAGCACUCUGGAAUGAGUCGCCUUUUUGAACAUUUUACUGAAUACUUAACUUCAAAGUUGACUUCCACCAGUUUCUAGUGAAGGGGGGGCGUUAGCUUCUGACAUUAUAAACACACAGGAAAAAAAGACAUGCCUGAUGAAGGGGUUUAGACCGGUUCCUUCAUCUGUGUUGCAGCCUUGACGUGUUUUAUUUACUGCCAGGUGAAAUCACUGUGACUUUUUACAGCAUCAGAAAAAACAAACAAACACUGAACAAAAUAUCGUCUGUUUUGACAUUCCAGACUGGCUCUCACUUCCAGAGUGUUCUCACCCCCGACUUAGUUAACCAUUGUGGUUGUGUCUUUUUGCUCUUUUGAAGGGCGCAUUUAGAGAGAGAGAAAAAAAAUAUACAUUGUACCAUUUUCAAUUGUAUAUACUACAGAUAAAGCAUUAGAUGAGAAAUCUAUGAGAAACUCAUGUGUUCAUGUUUACUUGCCAACUAGAAAGAGACAACACGAGGAUUGUAUUGAUGUCAAAAACCGGACCAUACUAUCGAUGGUUUGUCUACAGAAGCACACAGGUAGCUAUAUUUACCAUGAGUAUCACAUUAGCCUUCAGUGUAUUUCAUUAACCCUAUAUAUGUAUAUUCCUUGUAAAGUAAACCAACUGUCAUUUUGUUUUUGUUUUUACACUAAGAGCAGUGCUUGAAGUUAUUUAUAUGGUAUUAUGGUCACUGUACAGCAUUAAAUGAAAGUUCGCGCUCGGGUGCAUUUCAGGUCUUUAGAUUUCUUCAUGUUUUUAUCAGAAAGGGCAGUGGGCUUUGCUUGUUGAUACAAACACUGCAACUUUGUAUUAUACUCGUCAUUUUUGGACCAUCGGCUAAUGCGCUUCCUGCUGUUUCCCUCCUCCUCGUCCCUGCGGGCUCAAGUUCAGCUGCCUGCACCUAUAUAGCCUGAUUGGUUCUUGCUGCCCGUGAUUACAGCACUGUUUGGCGCCCAAAAUGUGAGCAAACACUAGGCAUGCUGGGUAGAAGUCUCACUCACUGACUUCCUGUUGCUUGUUGGAAACUACUGGAUCACUGGGAGAAGUGUCGCCGACAUUAUGUAAGUAAGUUACAGCGAUAUGUCAUUUUUUCUUCUUUUCCACAAUGACUUGGAUCUUGGAUACAGGAAGUGUCCAUCAAACCAGCUACAUAUUUGAGAAUCGGUUAUUUUUUGACAGUUUAUCGUGUUAAGAUUGUGUUCAAAUUCAAUGUUCAGUCAGUAUGCCACCACCCUGUAUUACUGGGAGUAAACAGUCAUAAAGAUAUAACUCUCCUCAGUGAGGCAUGUUGCUCAUUCAUUUGUUGAGUAAAGAGAGUAGCACAUUUUCUCAGUUGUAUUCUUUUACUUAUGUUAUAAUGUAUGUGUAUUUCCAUCAAACCUGCCGUUUCUUUGCUUAGUUUGUGUGCCUUACUGUUUGUAAAAUGAUUUGUUUAUAUUUGGUUGGCAGUAGUCUCACAAAUAUGGUUAUGACCUGAUGAAAUGGUGGGGCACACAUUUUUGCAACAUUAUCCACUUUUAAACACCUACAAUAGCAUUUCUGCAUUUCUCCUGUAAAUAGUAUCUCAAGCUCAGAAAGGUGAAAAGUGAACAAAAUAAAUUAUACACCUUAAACUUC